AUGCUUCAGGGUGCAAUAAUGAGAACCAAGGUAGACGCAGAUGGGGAUUCUGAAGUGAUUACGAAGCCGGGAGUGGAUCUGCCAACUUCUGCUGACCAUGUUUACGACCUGGGAGCACUGCGGAAACGGCGUGCACGACGCCAGCCUGCCAUUUGGCCUCUUUUUAUAGCGCUCGCAGCAUCUGCUUCUGUUGCUUUUUUGCUUCUGAAAUGUUUUUCGCACUUGCAAGUGAAUCUGUCGAGGCCUUCGCGGGCGCUUGCGGGCGGCGACGAUCGCAGCGCGUUCAAGAAGCUUUUAUCUCAAGUAAGUUUGGUGGAGGAGUUCUUCAUACGGUGCAAGUGGAGGUGCAAGCGCAGGCUUCUGCACCAAAUUAGAAACUCUUUUGCCUCUGUUGCCCUUCACCUUGUUACCUUGCCCUUCAGGAUAGCUGCGAGUCCAGUGACGACGAGCCUUCGGAUGCUCCCCGUAGACGAAGACGAACGAGCCGGUGGAGGCUCUGAAAGAAUUACAGGAGCGGCUCCCACAUAUGGGGGAAGGCGUUACUAUGAGCAGCUUCAGCGAGUGCCUUCUACGACUUCUGCAUUUGUUGGAAGAGGGUUCAUUUUUGCCCCAGCUGGACAAGGGGCCAGCUCUUCAUCUGUUUAUAGAGCAUCUACUGAUAGAGGGGCCAGUUCUUCAUCACCUGAUAGAGGGGCCAGUUCUUCAUCAGCUGAUAGAGGGGCCAGUUCUUCAUCAGCUGAUAGAGGAGCCAGUUCUUCAUCAGUUGAUAAACUGGCCAGUGACAUUGCAGCCUUUGUCGGUCACACCGGUUUGGGCUGGGUCCAGCACAUGACUAAUGUUGAAGUCGGAUGGAUAAAGGCACCCCACCAGCUCGGCUUCACUGUGGAACAUCCUUUCCUCGACGUUGAAGGGGAAAUGGGAGAGAAAAUACGGGAAAUUACUCAAAGGCUUGGACAAGCUGCAGUUUGUUCUUGCCUGACUCACGGAGGAGUGAAUACCAGUCAAUUCGUGACAGAUUGGACAACCCAAACAGGGGAAGAAGCUCAUUUAGUCGUUGAACUGUGUGAAUUGACCAACAAAAGCACAGGAAUUUUAAGUCAAGUUGCUCUUCUUUUCCCAAAUAACUUGCGCUACAAUGAGUCUCAUUUCCGGCGUGACGUAAUAGUCGUGGGCGCAGAAAUGCUGCUUAGUUGCAUGAAAGCAGUGGAUAUUUUAGGGAAAGUUCCGGAAGGGGGAACAGUUCCUAUAGGUUUUGUAAUCCGGAAGCCGCAAGGGCCGAGCACGGGGGAAGUCCUGAUUAAGGUCCAUGCCAAGCCUGUUGAAUCUUUUUUUCGCUCUUCUUCAAAGAAAGAUGAGUAG